AUGACACUUCCUUUUUAUGAAAGUUACUGUACUGCGAUUUUUUUGGUACAGAGUUUGGACUCAGACGUAUGUGAUGAUAAUAUAUAUAGACACGUUUACCGUACAUGUCUAGGGGUUCGUGUGCCGGCUUAUCCUUCGGGGACGAGUAUUGUGUGGGAAUUCGCUACAGAUGACUACGAUAUCGCGUUUGGUCUAUUUUUUGAAUGGUCUACUCCGUCUGAACUAGCCCCGACCGAGCCCCAUGGGAGAGGAGUCGGUUCGCAAACCCAGGAAGCCGCUAUCUGCCCACUUGUGGACGAAAUCAUUCCAGUCUAUCGACGAAAGAGUCACGAGGAGGUUUACUGUGGAUCCCAUGUCUAUCCCGGCCUCGGAACAUACCUGUUCAAAUUUGACAAUUCCUAUUCGCUCUGGCGGUCCAAAACGUUGUACUAUCGGGUCUAUUAUACUUGUUAA